GAGCGGAUCAAGUCAAUAUUGCAUGAAUGUAUGAUGCCGCGUGUGAUAGUCACGGAUAGGGAGCUUGCCCUGAUAAACGCGUGUUCUAAAGUAUUCCCGAACGCAAAAAGGCUUCUAUGCCACUUUCACAUCCAACAAAAUAUAGCUAGAAAGUGCAAGGAAGGGUUCGAUAAAGAAGAUUGGGGGAAAUUUAUGUCGUACUGGCGGACAUUGUGCGAAUCUUCAUCAGAGCCCAUGUACAAGUACAACUUGGAGAAAAUGUAUAACCGACUCGUGGUUGCCAACCGAGAAAGUGUCUAUGAUUACGUCUACGAAAACUGGCUCAAAGACUAUAAAGAAAUGUUCGUUUAUGCGUGGACCGAUAAGUGUCGCAACUUUGGUCAGCGCACCACCAACAGAGUUGAGAGCCAGCACGCAAAUUUAAAAAGAUACAUUACGCGCGGGAGUUCAUUGGAGCGAAUAGCAAGAUGCAUCAUUGAUAUAGUUGAAACUCAGUAUGAUGAAAUACAAAAAAGUUUCACUGAGAGCAUCGAAAAAACGAUGAACCACCAUAGACACCGAAUGUUGGACAACCUACGUGGAAAGGUUUCCCAUGAAGCACUUGAUUUGCUGGAAAAAGAGCUACUGAGGAAGAUGGAUGUGUUGCGGAAACUUAACGCAUCAUGUGGUUGCCAUAUGUGGCUUAGCAAAGGAUUGCCGUGUGCUUGUAGACUGGAAAACUACAACCGUACAGGGCGUAUAAUACAACUCGACGAGAUAGAUGUAUUCUGGCGUAAGCUUGACUUGCUCCCUUGUAAACUGGUAGACGAGGAGGUCGAUAUUGUAGCAGAGCUCAAUAAUGUGCGGCAACAUUUAGAGGCGCAGUCCCCCGUUCAGCAAAAGAGUAUGCUUUCAAAGAUAAAAGCGGUUUUCACCCCGAAAUCGUCAACCAAGAAACCACCGAUCGUCCAGCAAAACACUCGCGGUCGGCCUACAUCAAAGAAAGUACAAGAAAGGCUAGAUGAAGCUGCGAGGUUAGACCAAGCUGCGAGAUACAGCUCCUAUGGCGAGGACAGCAACGUAAUUACCGCUUCCCCCAAGCAUAGGUACGAUUUACCCCGACACAGCUCAUACGUACCGUCAGAGGGCUCUCGUGGAACUGGUUCGUUUGUGAAGUCUGAAAAACCUAAAAUGCAACCAAACAGUUCAACAAGUUCUAAAAAGAAGGAGACGAGGGAUGAUAAGGUUUUUCCAUUAAUAAAGGGGGACGAGCACUUGUUAUGCAUUAAGAGGUUUAAGAAUCAAAUUCCAUCAGAGUUUCGCUCUUACAUAUCGCGUAUACAAGAUGUGACCCCAGACGGUCAUUGUGGGUACAGGUCUGUGGCUGUCGGGUUAGGUUUUACGGAACACGCAUGGCCCAAUAUUCGAAGAGAUUUACUACUGGAGAUUGACCAUAACAAACCGCGUUGGAAGCAUGUAUUCGAAACAUAUAACGAAGGAGACUUUAAACGAAUACGUAAGAGCAUCGAAUGGCAUUCAGUGAAAGGGUGCGAUCAAAGUCACUGGAUGGAAAUGCCCCACGUAGGGCUUCUCAUAGCGCAAAGGUAUAAUAUUGUCCUCCACGUGCUAAGCAUUGAAUGGAGCUCUACCAUCUUCCCAUUAACGGAUGCCCCACUAGAUCCACGACCUCAAGCGAUAACGCUUGUACAUGUUCACGGGGGACACUUCAUACAUGCUAAGUUGGAAGGAGACUACCCCAUGCCUUUAGUGAACCCGAUGUGGUCGGCACAUCGAUCAAUAGCUGCGAAACGGUGGGAAGAAAUGUAUACACCGCAGUUAGAGCACUACUACGAGUUAAUGCAUCCUAAAUCAGACCGAGACAAAGACAGAGAACCGAGUUUAAAUGUUAUCGAAGAUUAAGCGGAAACUUGUAAUUUUGUAAAUUGUAGAAAUUUUUUAAUUUAUAAAGUUUUUAUCAUUUUUAAUUCA